AUGUCGCUCGAAAAGCAAGACGUCGACAUCCACACCUCUCCUGAGAAGGAGCAGGUCGAGGUCAAAGUCGUCAAGGGAAAUGAAGCCUUUGCCGAAGCCAUGACCAAGGAGCCCCCGAGGGCUUGGACUCGUCCUCAGAUGCUGAUUUAUGCAUUCUCCAUCAUUGGCUUCUUCUGCUCGACCAUGAACGGCUACGAUGGCUCCCUCAUCAACAACCUUUUGCAGAACAAGGCGUUCAAGGAGUAUUAUGGAGUGCAGAGCUCCGGUAUCUGGGCUGGAAUUGUCUCUUCCAUGUACCAGAUUGGUGGUGUUGUCGCCCUUCCAUUCGUCGGUCCUGCCAUUGAUACCUGGGGCAGAAGAGUCGGCAUGGUGAUUGGUGCUGGCCUGGUUAUCCUAGGUACCAUUAUCCAAGGUACUUCUCACGCAUCUCAGGCCUUCAUGGGCGGUCGUUUCUUGCUCGGUUUCGGCGUCUCCAUUGCCGCCGCCGCCGGUCCCAUGUACGUCGUCGAGAUCAACCACCCAGCGUUCCGAGGUACCGUCGGUGCCAUGUACAACACCUUGUGGUUCUCGGGCGCCAUCAUCGCCUCGGGAGCGGCCCGCGGUGCUCUCAACGUUGGCGGCGACUACUCCUGGCGCGUCAUCACCUGGCUCCAGGCCCUCUUCUCCGGCCUCAUCGUCCUCUUUGUCUUUUUCCUGCCCGAGUCGCCUCGAUGGCUCUACGUCAACAACAAAAAGGAAGCUGCCAAGGCCAUGCUCACCAAGUACCACGGCAACGGCAACGCAGAGAGCCCCUGGGUCUCGCUCCAGAUGCACGAGUACGAGGAGCUGCUCAACAUGGACGGCGCCGACAAGAGAUGGUGGGACUACCGCGCCCUGUUCCGCAACCGGGCCUCGGUCUACAGGCUCAUGUGCAACAUUGCCGUCUCCAUCUUUGGUCAGUGGGCCGGCAACGCCGUGAUUUCCUACUUUUUGGGCGCCGUCUUGGAGUCUGCCGGGUAUCUCAACAACAUUGAGCAGGCCAACAUUACCCUGAUCAACUCGUGCCAGCAGUUCCUGUGCGCCAUUGUCGGUGCUCUGCUGGUCGACCGCGUCGGUCGCCGUCCCCUCCUCAUCUUUUCCUUUACGGCCUGCUGCGUCAUUUGGCUCGGCAUGACCAUUGCCGCUGCCGAGUUUGCCAAGUCGGGUGGUGGCAUCAACUCGGACGGGACAGCCCGCCAGGGCACCAACCACGCCGCCUCGCAGGCCUCUCUCGCCAUGAUCUUCAUCUUUGGCUCCGUUUACUCGAUCGGAAUCACCCCGCUGCAGGCCCUGUUCCCGGUCGAGGUCCUCUCCUUUGAGAUGCGCGCCAAGGGCAUGGCCUUUUCGUCCCUUGCCGUCAACGUUGGUGGUCUCCUCAACCAGUUUGCCUGGCCCGUGGCCAUGCAGAACAUUGGCUGGAUCACCUAUGUCAUCUUUACGGUCCAAGACGCCAUCCAGGCCUUGAUAAUCUGGAUGUACAUUCCCGAGACCAAGGGUCGCACUCUCGAGGAACUCGAUGAGAUCUUUGCAGCCAAGAACCCAGUCAAGGCUUCCCUGGCCAAGAAGGAGAUUGGACUUAACCAAUAUGGCGACGUCGUCGAUGUCCACGAGGUUUAA